GUGGCUUCUGAGUUAGAGUGUUGGUUGAAUUUAUAAUGGAAUGAGUGAGAUAAUGAAACAACUACUUUUUCUUUAGGCUUAAUAACACUUUUAGUCCUCGUAUUUUGAUCAACUCACGAAACUGGUCCUGCAUUUUUAAAACAGAACAAAGUCGUCCCUAUACUUGCUUAAAGUUUGUAAAACUGAUCCUAAACCCCAUUUCCUCUCCAAAAAAGCUGAUGUGGCCAGAUUAAGUGUUUAACUAGAUACUUACACGUCAUUAAUUGUAUUAUAUUGCUUUUACACGUCAUUAGUAAUAUUAGAUAUAACAUUUCAGAAAAUAAAGAAAUCAAAUUAAAAAAAAUUCCUUUUAUUUUCAGUAACCCUAAAUCCCAAAUUUUCUGUUCAUCUCUCUCGUCAGCUUCAGAUUUCUCUUCAUCUCUUCGUGCCUCUUCACACAUAUCGUGUCUCUUCAUCUCUUCAUCUCAGUUCUACCAUGUCAGCUAAUUCUUAUGUCGUAUCCAACAACAGUUGCGUGUCACGAAGAAGACAGGUUCGCUGCUUCUGUGACCUUGAUUCGCCACUCACUACCUCGUGGACGAAGGAGAAUCCUGGGCGGAGGUUUAAUGGUUGUGGUUUAUACAAGUUGCAGGGACGAAAGGGGUGUAAUUUCUUCAACUGGUACGAUGAAGAAAUGUCGGGUCGUGCUAAGGAGGUGAUUUUGUCACUGAUGAAGAGAAUUGAUGAAGACAAGAAGAAGGAUAAUUUGAAGAUGAAACAAGAUGACAAUUUGAAAAAGAAGCUGAGAUUCUGUCAAGGAUUAGUUAUAUUAGUUGUAGUGCUCAUUGUAGGAUUGAUAUGUAAUGUAAUGUUGAAGAAGUGUUUAAUUAAUUGUCAAGAAUCUGAAUUAGGUUGUUUUAGUUGGUUGUUAAUUGUUGUAGAAGCUGAAUUAAGAUGUUUAGAAGCUGAAUUAAGUGAUGUAUGUUGUACUUUUCUGAAAUGUAACUUGUUGGAUUAA